GCGUAUGACGUCAUCAGCAUUACGUGAGCGACAUUCGUCGAGCUAGCUACAGCCGAGAGAGAAUUUCUCAUGUUUUUUGGUAGAUGAAGCGUUUAUAGAACGUCAUAUAAGAUGGGUACAUGGAAGCUGGAAGUGAUUAAGAUGUCCAUAUACGUAAUGUUCCCUGUGACCAUGUUUUAUUACUUCAACCAGACAGAUCUCUUUGAAAAAUAUGUCUCGGAUAAAGUAAGAGCGAUGUACCCUCCUGAGAGCAAGAUGCAUAGGCAAGAAUUGGAGGACCUUCGCCAGAGAAUGCGGGUGAGAUACGAAGAAAAGCUGAAACGAUUAGAGAUUGAAGAAAGGGAGCUGAUUGCAAGUGCCAAGAAGGCUGAAAGAUAGUGACAUUCAGUGCCUUUUUGUAAUGGACUUUUUAAUUGCACCUUUUAUGGAAGCAUAUAAUAAAUGGAUUACCAUCUAAUGAACUUUUCUUUUGAAGUGAUCAGCCAUUUUUUUUUUUCAUUUUAAUGCAACACCCCAGGAACAAGAGACAGAUGUACCCUUAAUUUGUGAAAUGAGGUUUGUGGAAAAUGGACUGUAAUAACGGUGGUAUAAUAUGUUUUAUGAAGGCUUGACCAUGUAUGGAAAUUCAUUGUUGAUUUGAGGAGUUACUGCAAUGCAAACAUUGUAUGCAGGAAAGUCAGAAUCUAAUGAAUUUGUGUAACGUGGCACAAUGAAUGCUGUAGUUUCAAGGUCACGGAAACUGAAUCGCCACAAGGCAACCCUCCCAAAGUCUUAUACCGGUAAUCGCUAGUCAACACAUAUUUCCAGGACCAAUAAAGAAAAUCAUGUUAAUCACCAAAUCUAAACCUUAUUGGAAAUUCUGUAAAAUAUUCAACCUUUUUGUACAUCCGACCACCAUUUUUCUCAAGUUUUACUUCACUUCAUAAACUGACCAGGUCAUGGUCAUUUGAGAGCAUUACAGACUGUCAUAAGAACCAGAAAUCAGAGACAGAAAAUUUCAUGAAGGUCUCACAUACAUGGGGUUGGAUGUACAUAUUUCAUGGAAUUCCCCUUAUUAUAAAAAAAUUGUGAUCCCAAAAGAUUGGACAGAGUCAGAUUCAUAGGUAUUUCAUAUUCUAUGCUCAUCCAAUUCAGAUAAUUAUCGAAAGCUUUGUUUGAUCAGCUCUUUUUCUUUACAUUGGCAAUGCUUUAUUGGGGCUACAUGAUAUUGCAUAUUUGGGUUUUCCAAUUAUCACUAACUAUAAUACAAUGAUAUACUGAUAUAUUGUCCAUAUUGCCCGUAUUCUGUAUUUGAGUUUAAAAUCUGGUCUUAAGUUGUGUUGUAGUUAACUAUUUAACCAAUUGUGAUACUAAUCUCUUUUUAGAAGAGUUUCAAUUGGUAGGUACAUUCAGUUCCCAAUUCUCUAUGAUUGUCUGGGAAUAAGAACUGAAGUAUUUUCUUCACCGUUAAAACAUUCGAAAAGUAGAAAAAGGUGAAACAUACAAAUUAACAAAAUUUUGACAUUUUUUUAAUUUCCCAUUAUUUAAGCACCAGCUAGAAUUUAGAAUACAGGCCCGAGUAUUUGUCAAUCUCAUUGUUGUGAAUACUUCUUCAGCUGAGGCAAACAUAUUUUUACAUAAGAUGUUAAACGGGGGGAAAAGAUUGGUCAGGAUCAAUAUUUUUACAUCCCUGUUCCAUGGACCCUGUUGGGUCAGGUUUGUAUGAUGGGAUGUAUGGGGGCUUCAUAGCAUUUCAAGGCGGAUUUCUUGUCUGAAAUGUAAUAAAUCCUUUAUCUAAAGAACAGUAUUGUGAUUUGUACAAUAUUGUGAAAGGUGAUAUAUAUAUCAUGGACUUCUUGAAGUCUUUUUCACUGAAUUGAAAUAUCACAAUUUUUUUUUACAUUGUGUGAUACCAUGCAGAUGUUUUUCUUUUAUUUUGCUAUAUUUCUUUUGAAAAUUUUAAAUAAAUAUUGAUUGCUGAACAACAUCUUAUGGAGUUGGAAAUUUCCCUGUUUGUGGAAUAUGUAAAAAAAAAUUGGCUUACUGUAUUUUAUUUCAAUACAAAGGAGAGACUGUUAGAAAUGUGAGAACACAAUAAUUUUCAGAUUCAUAUUAAAAGAUACAAAAAGUACAGUA